AUGGCGAUCGCACAACUACAGCCAUUUCUGGCCGAUCUGUCCCUCCCAAAGGCUCCCACUUUCUCACAAUUCCAAAACCCCCAGAGAAAACCCAAAUCCCAACAUCCUAUCCGAACAUCGAACCAAAAUAAUCUUCGAAAGUUAAGGGCAAUUACAGAAGAUUUUAGGGCUGCAGGAGGAGAGGAUAAGAUUGUAAUCGAAGAAGACGAGUCCGUACAGAAUGACGUGGCGAGCUACGAUUGGACCGAAGAGUGGUAUCCACUCUACCUGACCGAGAACGUGCCCGACGAUGCCCCGCUCGGCCUCACCGUUUUCGACAAACAGAUCGUGCUGUACAGAGAUGGCUCUGGCGAGCUUAGGUGUCACGAAGAUCGAUGCCCCCACAGGCUUGCGAAGCUUUCUGAGGGCCAAUUGUUCGAAGGAAGAUUAGAAUGUUUGUACCACGGCUGGCAAUUCGAGGGAUCUGGAAAAUGUGUAAAAAUCCCACAGCUUCCGACAGGUGCGAAGAUCCCAAAAUCAGCUUGUCUAAAAACAUACGAGAUUCGAGAAUCUCAAGGGGUAGUUUGGAUUUGGAUGUCUCACAAAACCCCUCCAAAUCUCGACAAACUUCCAUGGUUCGAAAACUUGGAUCGACCAGGCUGUCGAGACGUUUCUACAAUCCACGAACUCCCCUACGACCAUUCCAUCCUUUUAGAAAACCUCAUGGAUCCCGCCCACGUCCCGAUUUCGCAUGAUCGAACCGAUUUCACGGCAAAAAGAGAAGAAGCCGGCGCUCUGUUCUUCGAAGUUACCGAAAGAACUAACCGCGGCUUCGCCGGCAUUUGGGGCCGCGAAAAAGACAAGUCGACGCCGAACUAUUCCCCUAACUUUUUACGUUUCGAAGCGCCAUGCAUUCUCCAAAACAAUCGCGAAAUUGUCGACAAAAAUUAUGAGAAAAACUAUUUUUCCGGAUUGUUCCUUUGCCGCCCCUCCGGACAGGGGAAGUCGAUGCUCAUCGUAAGGUUCGCGUCUACGGCAAAGCCACCGUUGAUUGUGAAGAUGCUCCCGAAUUGGUUCUUGCACCAGAAUUCAAGCAAAGUUUUCGAGCAAGACAUGGGGUUCCUAUCUUCGCAAAACGAGAUUUUGAUUAAGGAAAAAAUGGCGACGAAAAGGCUUUACAUUAAUCUUAGUUCGUCGGACGUUUGGGUCGCCGAGUAUCGGAAAUGGAUGGACAAAGUUGGGCACGGAAUGCCGUACCAUUUCGGGCACGCCACGGUUUCUCCGCCGCUAAUUCCGGCGGUUUUCGAGCACGCUCCCGCCGGGUUCGUCGCCAGCCUGGCUGCUUCGCAGCCGGCUAAGGGCGGGAGCGGCGCAAUGCACGUGCCGAAUCCGGCGAAUAGAUACUUCCGGCACGUGAUCCAUUGUAAGGAAUGUUCGCGAGUUGUGAAAGGUUUUGGGGUUUGGAGAAAUGCUCUCUCCGCCGCCGCUGUUAUCUCGACGGCGGUGGCAAUUCUAAUCGCCGGUAGGCAGUGGAAGAGCCUAUUCCUCCUUACAACCGCCGUAUGCUCCGCCGGAAUAUUCCUUUGCUCGACUGCCAUUGCUAUGAACACUACGAACUUCAUCAGGACACAUCGAAGGUUGUAAUUAUACAUAUAUAUAUAUAUAUAUAAAUAUAUGUAUAAUGUAUCUAUAGCAUUAAAUCUGCUAUAUUUCUGCAGUCAAAUUAAUUAAAUUUGUGUGUUAGAUCU